AUUUCGCGAACGACGUAUCCGACCGUAGGACGAUUCUUCCCCUCCCGGCUCCCAUUCUUCGUGUCAUCUCUCUUUCUUGGCUAGCACCGAAACCUCACUCAAUCUGAUCCGGUGGAUGAUCUCUGAUCUCUCUAGUUACUCUUUUGUUCUUGUUGAUGUUGAAGCAAACCUUUCGUGAAUCCCUUAAUUCCACGAUUGGCUAUUAUUCCUCAAAUCUCAUGUUCCGGUUGAAAUUAUGCUCGCAAUCUAGUUCUUGUUUGAGCGUGAUACAAUUAACCGGAGGAAUUCUUUAUUAAUUCUAGUUUUUAGAUUUUGUUCUUCCUAUUUUUCUUGGAUUUUUCUUUCGAAGUCCUGUUUUUGGGUUUUUCUUCAUUUUUAAUGGUUUUCAAUGAUCAAUGGAGACGGGCCGUGUGAGGGCUUCUCGGAAGUCGCCUCUUCCGAUCCGUUGGAUCCGGCACCACUUUGGCGUACCCAGAAUGUCGACGGUGGCUCUGUUGCUUCACCAAUUUCUUCGAGAUAUUCGUCAUGCGGAGAUUCCGAGUUCGAGAGGUAUUGCAGCGCAAACUCGGCAAUGGGAACGCCAAUUAUGCGUAGCACGAUUACAACAUUCAACGACUUCUCGGAGUCUGAAUUUGGGUAUGCGAGGAACUUUGGAUUCAGCGAUGAUGGCGGCCUUGAGAACUUCAGUUUGGAAGGGAGUGAAAUGAAUUCGCUGGAUACGAAUAUAUUAGGCUACAGAAAGAUGGAGCUGCGUGAUAAAGUCACUACGGAAGAGUCGAGUAUGAAGUGUCGGUCUCACGGGUUGAAUUUGUAUGGAACGGGUGAGUUCAUGGAUUCACUUGAAGCUAAUGAGGAAAUUUUGUGUUGGAAGGUUGAGAGCACAUCGGAUUUAUUGAGUGGUGUAGGUAUGACUAAUGGAUCGGAGAAGGUAGAGAGCAGCGAAGGCGAGAAAGAAGGGUCCAUUAUAGGGAAAAAAGCCAGUGAAUUGGGAAUGGCGGGGGGUGCUGUUCUUGGAGAAGCAACAAGCGAAGAAGUUCAUGUGGGAUGUUUAGAGAGAAGUGCGGUUGAGAAUGGUAUGAUAUUAGGACAAAGGUUUGAAGAACGUCUUCUACCUUGCAUGGUUGAGAAAGAGUCUAAUGGUGAAUUGGAUAUGGAAGUUGAUAGAUCCCAAAAUGAGCAUUCGGAGAGUGAGGAUUCAAUGUAUAAUUUUUUGUCCGAUGGUGAUCAUAUGGAUGAAACCUUCCUGCUUAGAAAUGCACGCUCUUUCCCAGAAACUAACACGGUGAAUGAAAAUCCAUUGCUUAUCAAUUCAUCCGUAGCUUUUGGUUCCGACGAUUGGAAUGUUUUUGAGUGUGAAACUCAGGGAUUCUCUCCAAAUUACUUGACUGUGGACACAUUACAGGAAAGGAAACAUCAGAAUCUGAAUUCUUCUUCUAUGACUGUAAAUGGUGAUCAAAUUGUUAGUGAAAUGGCUAGAGAAGAUGGGACACAGAUGCUCUUAGCCUGCAAAGAAGAUCAAGCUAGCACAAAUUUUCUGAAGAAAGUAAACAGUAGUCAUGGGGAUUGUAUGAUUGUCCCAACUGUUGGAAGACCAAAGGAAAUGGUUAAAGUGAGGGACAUUCCCGUGGCUAUCUGUCAAGUCCAGGCUUCUAAUGAGUUGAAGGAAAUCACAAAUAGUACUUUUUUAACUGAAGAUGAUUUCUCAUACGGUGUUGAAUUAGAUCAAGAUGCAAAGGAUAUAUUUGUUGUUAAUAAUCAAGCAGGAGAUGCUGAUAAAAAUACAUAUAAUAAUGAAUGUCUUGUUGGUGAUAUUCCUGGAAUUGAUAUAGGAACAGAGAAAUUUCCAUUCAAGCAGCAGACAUGCUCUGUGGACAGUAAUUCAGUUGAGCAACCUCAAAUUCUAGAAACUGAGGAUAACAGUGGGAUGGUACACCAAGGCCUAGAAAGCCAAGGACGUGGAGAUUUGAAAGUCAAAUUUGACCCUCUCAGUAAUAUUUUAACUAAUCGACCUUCUACUCAUGCUAGUGAAGGUUGUGAGGAUAUGGCACAUUCCACUUUAGUACCUGAAUCAAAAGGUCAUCUUUUGCCAGUUGAGUUAGCAAAACGUGAUUUAGAUGACUUCUAUGAUGAAGUUGUACAUGAAAUGGAAGAAAUACUACUUGAAUCUUGUGACUCUCCUGGGGCUAGAUUUACUCAUAGAUAUAAGAUGUCUCAGUCACUACCAUCUUUACCAUUAAGAGAUGGAGGAUCAACUGCAUCUAUUUCAGGAACGGACAAUUAUGAUCCAAUUAACCCAGAAAACUUGAAAUUUGAUGGGGUUGAAGUGAUUGGGGCAAGACAAAAGAGAGGGGAUGUAUCACUCAGUGAAAGACUAGUUGGGGUGAAGGAGUACACUGUAUACAAAAUUAGAGUAUGGAGUGGCGAGAAACAGUGGGAUGUUGAACGCCGCUAUCGAGAUUUCUAUGCACUAUAUUGUCAAUUGAAAUCAUCAUUUGCUGAUCAUGGCUGGACUUUACCCUCUCCCUGGUCCUCUGUUGAUAAUAGAUCAAGAAAGUUAUUUGGCAGUGCUUCUCCUGAUAUUAUUGCUGAAAGAAGUGUUUUGAUUCAAGAGUGUUUAUGUUCUAUUCUUCAUUCAAGAGUUUCAUCAACAAAUCCAAGUGCAUUAAUUUGGUUUUUGUCCCCUCAAGAAUCAAACUCCCAUUCUCCUGCAUUAGGUACUGCAGUACCUCGAUCAUCUGAUAUUGCAAGGGUGACUGACACACAGAAUUUGUCCUCUUUGGGGAAAACCAUAUCACUUGUUGUUGAAAUUCAACCAUACAAAUCUACAAAACAGAUACUGGAGCUGCAGCAUUAUGCUUGUGCUGGAUGUUACAGACAUUUUGAUGAUCAGAAAACUCUGAUGAAAGGCUUUGUACAGAGCUUUGGAUGGGGCAAGCCACGACUCUGCGAUUACACCUGCCAGCUGUUUUGUUCUUCAUGCCAUACGAAUGAGAUGGCAGUCAUACCUGCAAGAGUUUUACAUCAUUGGGACUUCGCUCGGUACCCUGUUUCUCAGUUAGCUAAGUCCUACUUGGAUUCCAUACAUGAUCAGCCCAUGCUUUGCGUCAGUGCUGUUAAUCCUUCUCUCUUCUCAAAGGUUCCAGCUUUGCUUCAUGUUAUGGGUGUGAGGAAAAAAAUUGGAGAUAUAAUUUCAUAUGUUCGCUGCCCAUUUCGUAGGUCAAUUAACAGGGGACUUGGUUGCCGUAGAUAUCUUGUCGAAAGCAAUGAUUUUUUUGCACUUAGAGACCUCAUUGAUCUUUCCAAAGGGGCAUUUUCAGCAUUACCUACUAUCCUGGAAACUGUCUCGAGGAAAAUCUUGGAGCACAUAGAGGAGAAAUGCCUUGUGUGCUGUGAUGCUGGUGUUUCAUGUGCUGCUCGACAAGCAUGUAGUGCCCCAUUGUCUCUCAUUUUCCCUUUUCAGGAAACUGAGAUGGAGAGAUGUGCAUCAUGUGAAUCUGUAUUCCAUAAACCUUGCUUUGCAACGCUCAGCAAAUGUUCUUGUGGGGCACGCCUUAGAGUUGAUGACACCGAAGGGCUCUCGACGAAGGUAGGCCAUGGAUUAGGGAUGGAUGCUGAGGAAAGUGGAGCUGUCGUCUCGUUUCUGGCAAAAUCAACUUCCAUUUCGCCUUUGAGAUCUCUCUCAGGCCUGUUUGGAAAGUCAAAUCAAACAACAAAAGAACAUAAAGAUAAUGAGAAUAUCAUAUUGAUGGGUUCUUUGCCUACUACUUCCCUCUGAUCAGGUGUGCCUAUUUUUGUAUCAGUUACUAUUCUUUGAUAAUUCCUAAGCUCAUUUUUCAUCAAUCUGUUGGAUGUAUGUUAAAAUAAACAUGUUUUCUAAUCAAUGAGAUGUAUAUUGUAAUAAUUUUCUAGGUGAUGAUCAGUGUGUUAUUUUUUUACUUAUUGAUUCUUUGUAUAACCUGUUUCUCGAAGUUAAGGGCAGCAACAGUGGUACUUGUUCUGAA